UUCAUGUUAUUUAUGAGGUGUUGUCAUUUUUACUUUCACUUUCACGUGUUUCUUCCAUCUGCCGUCGGUGUCGCCAUUUCUCAUUUCACCCGUUUUUGUGCGUACGCCUGGGUCAGAGCUUGCGUGACGGACAGCACAUUUUCCCGUCAAGUUUGCUUUUUAUAAAUAACAACUAUUGCGUAGAGAGUGGCGUACGCCUUCUUUUGUGCGUACGCAACGUUUAUAAAUGAGGCCCCAGGCGCGCAUUGCGCACUCGUGAACUCAAAUCGAAAGUAAAGGUGAAGAGUGCAGACAUUUUGCGAUCAUUUAUACGGCGCCAUUUAACAGUCAACCUUUUUAAAUGUCUCAUGUGAACACUAAUGCCAAUACCAAAGGGCUUUCGACUUCUGCACUUCAGAGUGAGUAACCUGCGAUUGAAAUUCGAGAUCUGAAAUAAGUCUCUAAUGGAGUCCCAUGUGUCACCUCCGUCACCCAGUGCUUUGUCACUGAAGAGUAAUGAUUCUAUGGGCCGUAAAAUAGAGUUUAAACAGCAGGAUAAAAACACCUUUGACCUCAGCAUUGAGAAAGAAGAUAAACUCCAGGUUCAGUCCAGUUGUUGUGGAUUAUGUAAAGAAGUUAUGAGAAAUCCAGUCACUAUUACCUGUGGAGACAGUUUUUGCAGACAUUGUAUAAGCAGUUACUGGGAUAAGUGUGGACAAUCUGAAGACAUUUGCUGUCCACAGUGCAGAAAAAUGUUUAGGACACGCCCUGUUCUACACAAUGUCAAAGGAGGCAUCAGCCCUCACAGUUUUGCUCAUUGCAGCACAGCAGCUACCAAUGAUGAUCCAUGUGACGCUGGCACAGAAGUGCAGGAUGAUUCAUACAAAUCAGUGAUUGAAAGGGUCAAAACCGCUCACAAAAACCACAUGAAGGGCCAUUAUGAGAGCUUUUUUGAAGGGAUCAAAACACAAGAGAGUAAAGUCCUGCUGAACAGCAUUUACACAGAGCUUUACAUCAUGGAGGAAGAUAAAGAAGACCCAAAUGAUCCACAUGAAGUUUUGCAGAUGGAGAAAGCACCUAGGACAAAAUACAGAGAAGACACUCCAAUCAUGUGCAAAGACAUCUUCAAACCAUUAUCUGAACUAAGACAUGAAGAUAACAGAAAGCACAAUGAAAUACAUAUAAAGACUGUGCUUACUAAAGGGAUUGCUGGAAUUGGAAAAACAGUCUCUGUGCAGAAGGUUGUUCUGGACUGGGCAGAGGGAAAAGCCAAUCAGGAUGUAGACUUCAUAUUUGUGCUUCAAUUUCGAGCUUUAAACCUAGUUAGAGAUAAACAGUACAAUCUAUACCAACUUCUGCUUAACUUUUAUCCUGAACUCAAAGAUCUGGAUGCUAAGAUGUUCAAUAUGUGUAAUAUAGUUUUCAUCUUUGAUGGUCUGGAUGAAAACAAAGUUUCACUGAUGUUCUCAGAUUGUGGUAAAGUAUCUGAUAUGACUAUGACAUCCUCACUCUGUGUGCUGAUAACAAACCUGAUCAAAGGAGAGCUGCUUCCCUCUGCACGUAUAUGGAUAUUGUCCAGACCAGCAGCAGCCGGUCAGAUCCCUUCUGAAUACAUCAACAGGAUGACAGAGAUUCAAGGGUUUAAAGACAAUCAGAAAGAGGACUAUUUCAGAAAGAAAAUCAAGGAUCCAGAUCAAGCCAACAAAAUCAUCUCACACAUUAAAACAGCGAGAAGCCUGCAUAUUAUGUGUGGUAUACCGGUCUUUUGUUGGAUCUCAGCCACAGUGCUUCAGAAAAUGCUUGAUGAAUGUGACUGUAAAGAAAUCCCUAAAACAUUGACAGCGAUGUACAUACAUUUCCUGUUAAUUCAGACAAAUACAAGGAAUGAGAAGUUUGGUGAGAAAGAUGGGAAAGAUAUAAGGGAAGUCAUCAACACAAACAGAGAAGAGAUUCUGAAGUUUGCUGAAUUGGCUUUCAGGCAGCUGAUAAAAGGUAAUAUCAUGUUUUAUGAGGAGGACCUGGACGAGUGUGGCAUAGAUCCUGUUCGUGACCUGCUGUAUUCCGGGAUCUUCAAAGAGAUCUUAAAGGGGGAGUCUGUCCUUAAUGAGAGAGAGGUCUUCUCUUUCAUACAUUUGAGCUUUCAGGAGUUUCUUGCUGCACUGUAUGUGUUUUACUCGUUUUUAAUGAAGAACUUUGAUACACUGCAGAUUUUUCUGGAGGAAAAAUUGAAGGGGGGUAGAUCUGAGAAGCACAAUCUCUUUUGGCUUCUCAAAAUCACUGUUGAUAAAAUCAUACAGAGUAAACAUGGAAAUCUAGAUCUUUUCCUCAGAUUCCUGCUGGGCAUCUCACUGGAGUCCAACCAGAAACUAUUACAGGAUCUGUUGCCACGCACAGAGAGCAACAUCAAAAGCACAGAUGAAACCAUCAAGUACAUUAAAGACAAAAUCACAAAUGUAAGAACCAAUUCAGAGCGUCUCUCGGCUGACAGAGCAAUCAAUCUGUUUCUCUGUCUGCUUGAAAUGAAUGACGAGUCUCUGUACCAGGAGAUUGAGACGUUUCUGAAAUCAACAAAACGUUCACAGAAACUCUCGCCAGCUCACUGCUCAGCCAUAGCCUACAUGCUUCAGAUAUCAGAGCAGGUCCUGGAGGAGCUGGACCUCAAGUCAUACAACACAACAGAGGAGGGCAACAAGAGACUUUUACCAGCACUGAAAAAUAGCAGAAAAGCACAACUGGCUGAUUGCAAUUUAAAGUAUCAGUGUUGUGAAAGUGUGGCCUCAGCUCUACAGUCAUCAAACUCUCACCUGGUCGAAUUGGACUUGAGUAACAAUGACCUGCAGGAUCUAGGGGUGGAGUUUCUCUCUGAUGGAAUGAAGAGUUCAAACUGUCAACUACAAAUACUAAGACUGGCAAUAUGUAGUCUCACUGAUGAGAGCUGUGAACAUGUGGCAUCCUUUCUACAAUCAACAAACUCCCCCCUGAGAGAACUGGACCUCAGUAAUAAUGACCUGCAGGACUCUGGGGUGAAGCUGCUGUCUGAUGGACUGCAGAGUUCACACUGUCAACUAAAGAUACUGAGGAUGUCAAGCUGUCAUCUAACUGAUCAGUGCUGUGAAAGUUUAGCCUCAGUUUUGCAAUCAGAAAACUCCACCUUGAGAGAGCUGGACCUGAGUAACAAUGACCUGCGGGACUCAGGAGUGAAGCUGCUAUCUGAUGGAUUGAAAAGUCCUCAUUGUCAGAUAGAGAUACUGAGAUUAUCUGGCUGCAUGGUGACAGAGGAAGGCUGUUCUUGUCUGGCUUCAGCUCUGAGUUCAAACCCCUCACAUCUAAGAGAGCUGGAUCUUAGCUACAAUCACCCAGGAGACACAGGAGUGAAGCUGCUCUCUGCUAGACAGGAGGAUUCACACUGCAAACUAGAGAUCCUCAAUGUAGAUUAUGGGAGCGAAUCCAGAAUCACAGCUGGACUCCAGAAAUAUGCAUGUAAUCUCACCCUGGACCUUAAUUCAAUAAAUAUACAACUGUCUCUGUCUGAGGAGAACAGAAAAGUUAUGAUUGUGGAUAAAAAGAUGCCAUAUCCUAAUCAUCCGGAGAGAUUUGAGGGUUGGCCUCAGGUUAUGACCAGAGAGCCUCUGGAUGGACGCCAUUAUUGGGAGGUUGUGUCAAGUGGGGAAAGCUGGGUUGGUAUAGCAGUGUCAUACAAAGGAAUCAAGAGAGGAGGUGUUAAUGAUGAGUGUUGUUUUGGAUUUAAUGACAAGUCAUGGAGUCUAGACUGCUUUAAUGAUGAGUACUAUGCUUGGCACAAUCAUAAAAGCUCUGUAAUUCCUGCUCCUUCCUCCCGCAUUAAAAGGAUAGGAGUUUAUCUGGACUGGUCAGCUGGCACUGUGUCCAUGUACAGCGUCUCCGAGACACACACACUGACACACUUAUACACAUUCCAGACCACAUUCACUGAGCCCGUCUAUGCUGCCUUUAGAGUUUAUGACUCAAUAUCAUUUUGUUAAACUGGGCAAGGCAUGGCGAGUUUAUUUAUAAAGCACAUUUUAUACACAGGGCUCCAGACUGCCACCAAAUGGUGGCAUUUUGCCACCAAAAUUUGAGAGUGUGCCACUGAAUUUUACAUCCAGUCGCACAUGUGCGACCAGUAAAUUUGACCUUCUUUUGUGAUGUGACACUGAAUUUGAAAUAUCACAUUGUACUUUCUGCAUCUAUCAUUAAAGUAUUUAUUAGUAAUACAGUGGAAAUUAGUAGAAAUGUGAAUAUUUGGUUAGCAUGUUGAUUUACAGUGUGUGCCCCUAAAUUUUCUGGUUGCGCCCCUAAAAUUUUCAGUUGGGGGCCACUGUGCUCCUAUUGAAAAAUGUUAGUCUGGAGCCCUGAUACACAGUAAUUCAGUGUGCUUUAGAGCCCUGUAUUUCAGCCCGAGCCCGACGGGGCCCGAUCUGUUUACGCCCUUCGGGUCGGGUGUCGGGCCAAUUUUAACGUCACAGCAGAUACGCGGGCCGGACCUCGGGCUUAUUUAGGCUUCUCCAUCUUUUUAUAUUUUUCAAUUUAAUUAAAAGAACCUUUUGACAGACAUUGAUGAUUGCAAAACAAACAUAGGAAGACGUUUAACCUAUCGCAUGAGUCCGCUACGCACAGCCACACAUUUACAAUGCAGCUGUUGCGUAUAACAGCAGGACCUUCAGCGCACCAGGAAAAAUUAUAAAUGGAGUACUAGAUUAAAACCUUGGACACUGUACAUAAUCUAUGCAGACAGCAUCCAAGACAUAAUCUAUUAAAGACUUCUCCCUGUAUUAAUUUCGUGUAAGAAGGCGGUGUCUUUAUUUCUUGUUUGUGUAUGGAUCAACUUUUUUUCGUAGUUUAACUGUUGGAUGGAUACAUGAAUAGCCAUGUUCUGUGGUAAGUCCUUACAUUUAAAAAAAAUGUAUAUGCAUUGCGAAGUUGUUAGAUAAAGUAGCAUGCAUGUUUAUUCUGUUUCAUGUUUAUUUCGUUUCGUUUUAUAUAGCCCUUUUUAUUUUUUUAUUUCUGCGCCCGUUGCAACUGCGAGCAGCAAAGCAACCUGCAUUCGCUUUUUAAAAAUAUAGUGUGUUUAUAAUAAACGUUUAAACUAACAUUGUGAUAUGCUGAAAAUAUAUAUUUUAUAUUGUUGUUAUUAUAGGCAAGUGAAGUGUUGAUUUGAGAGGCUCAAUUCAUCAAACAUGUCAUCAACU